CGCGUGCGCAGUCCGUGUCCCGCGUCCGUGUGUAAAAAAUUUACAUAUUUAGUGUGACGUAUCUCCGAUAUGGGACUUAAAAAAGAUAAAAAAGAAAAAGAAAAGCCACCUAAAGUUUCUUAUCUGCAAAUAUAUCGCUACGCAACAUGGACCGAACGAGCGGCGACAAUAUUGGGAGUGUUCCUGGGGUUGCUGAGCGGCGGCGGCGUUAGCUUCAUCCUGGUGCAAGUUGGCGAGCUCAGCACGGCCUUCAUCGAGCGCACCAUCUACCCCGAUCAUAAAACCAGCUACAUGCCAAUCAUGAUCGCCUUCGGAGGAGGCCGGAGAUUUGAAAAAGGAUCUCACGAAGAACAAAUGGUGGCCCUAGUCGAAGAUGCCAAGGCGAUGGCAAUAGGGACGUUCGUGAGUGUGGUGAUAUCGCUAGCGCUCGUCAUGUCUUCGGUAGCGCUCAUCAACUGGAGCGCCCUGAGACAGAUCACGCGAAUUCGGAAACUUUUCUUAGAGGCUGUUCUAAGACAGGAUAUGACUUGGUUCGAUACCGAUACGGAAUUUAACUUGGCUACCAAAAUGUCAGAGAACAUGAUGAAAUUAAAAGAUGGAAUGGGAGAAAAAGUUGCUGUCGUGUCUAAUCUCGUCGGCACGGCUAUUAUUUGUAUCUGUGAUGCGAUCCCACUUGGUUGGGAAUUAGCACUCGCAUGUCUGUCAGUACUGCCCUUUUCUAUUGCGGCGGCCGUCACUUUAUCUAACUACCAAACCAGGUCUUCAGUCCGAGAAAUGAACUCAUACAGCCAGGCCGGAAAGCAAGCUGAAGAAGUAUUGAAAUCUGUACGAACUAUUGUAGCUUUCGGCGGUGAACAUAGGGAAGUCGAAAGGUACAGAAAGUUGCUGGAGCCGGCAGAGCGGUACGGGCGCAAGCGCGGGCUGUACACGGGGCUGGGCACCGGCUUCAACUGGGUGCUCACCUACUCGCUCAACGCCAUCGGCCUCAGCUACGGCACUCGCUUGGUGCUCCGCGAUCUCCACAUCGCUGAUCCUGACAAGCGCGAUUACGCAGUCGGCGAAAUUUUCAGUAUCCUUUUCAGUAUUUACAUGGCCACGCAGUCUAUAACGUUCUGCGUUCCUCAUGGAGAAUCGUUCUCGGCAGCGAGGGCCGCAGCAGCCAGCGUGUUCGAACUGAUAGAAAGAAAACCGAAAAUUAAUAGCAUGAGCAAAGAAGGCGCCCAACCAAGAAGAGUUAUUGGUGACAUCUCUUUUGAAGAUGUGUGUUUUAACUACCCCUCUCGUCCUGACGUCACGAUUUUGAAGGACUUUACUCUGCACAUCAAACGCGGAGAGUGCGUGGCGCUGGUGGGGUCCUCCGGUUGCGGCAAGUCCACGAUCCUGCAGCUGCUGCAGAGGCUGUACGACGUGCACUCCGGCUCGGUCAAGCUGGACGGCAGAGACGUCAGAACGCUCAACAUCGGCUGGCUCCGGUCGUGUUUAGGUGUUGUAGGUCAAGAACCUGUAUUAUUCCGCGGAACUAUACACGACAAUAUUGCGAUAGGCUACCCAGAAGCAACGAGGGAGGAAGUUAUUAAAGCUGCCACAAUGGCAUAUGCACACGACUUCAUCGUUAACCUGCAUGAGGGUUACGACACUGUGAUUGGAGAACGAGGCGCGUUGCUCUCGGGUGGGCAAAAGCAGCGCAUAGCAAUCGCACGGUCUCUGCUGCGCGAACCGGCAGUCCUUCUUCUGGACGAGGCGACGUCUGCUUUGGAUCCGCACUCGGAGAAGCAAGUACAAGUAGCCUUGGACAGCGCUAGCGUCGGAAGGACUACGAUUGUUGUGUCACAUAGAUUAUCAACUAUUGUGAAUGCUGAUCGAAUUAUUUGCAUGGAUCAAGGAGCUAUUGUUGAACACGGCACUCAUGAAGAGCUUAUGAAGGCCAAAGGUUUCUAUUACAAAUUAGUGACGACUGGAAAGGAAGUAAGGGAACCUGAUGUGAUCGACACAUUACCAGAGGAAGUAGAUGGAGAUGGUGACACGGAAGAAGUAGCGACUCUUACUCCGCGUGUAGAUGUAAAGAGAAGGUCUAAUAGAAGACCUCACAGACGACACUCGAUGAAAAAAGAUACGCAUGAUUGGAUGACUCCUCGAGGUUCGAUAAGUUCUGUGAUAUCCACUGGUCUGCAAAAUUUUGUUUAUAACUCCGACAUCGUUGAAAGUGACGAGGAGAAGGAUGACGAUGAAAUAGUCAAGCCGGUGAGCGACUGGGAGCUUAUGAAAUUGAAUGCUCCAGAAUGGCCACACCUGUUAGCCGGAGCGCUGGCCGCAUUUUUGCAAGGUGCUUGUUUUCCUGCCUUCGCCCUCCUGUUUGGAUACUCAAGCGGGAUUUUCAAUUACCAAAAUGAUGAUAAAAUAAGAUAUGGAGCGGACUUUUAUUCGGGCAUGUUUAUCGUGGUAGCUGCUAUUGCUGGAAUAUCCAUGUGUCUGCAGAGCGUCACCUUCACAAACGCUGGCUUGAAAAUGACCACGAGGUUACGACACCAAUACUUCAGUAGCUUACUCAAUCAAGAAAUUGGCUAUUUCGAUAAAGAAUCAAACACAGUAGGCUCGCUCUGCUCUCGUUUGACUGGCGACGCAGCAGCAGUCCAGGGCGCCACGGGGCUCAGGAUUGGUCUCAUCCUGCAGGGCCUGACUUCCGUGCUAGUCGGCUUUAUCAUGGCCAUUUGCUAUAACUGGAAGUUGACCCUUGUAGGGUCUGUUUUCUUACCUCUUAUGGUUGGAAGCAUCUGGUUAGAGGGGAUUGUUUCUCAACAGUCUCAAGAAAAUGAAACGGCAGCCCUGGAAUCAGCCACCGCAAUAGCUACUGAAGCCAUUAUUAGUAUUAAAACUGUUCAAAGUUUAGGUGUGGAAUCCAAGUUUUUUGACAAAUUCAACAAGGAGUUAAAGGAUUCAUGUGCUGCUGUUGCCAAGAAGUCACGCUGGCGCGGCUUAGUGCUUGGACUGGGAUUAUACGUGCCAUUCCUAUCGUACUGUAGUGCGACCGUUUAUGGCGCCACGCUCGUUGCGACGGACCAUGUUCCAUACGAACAUGUAUUUUUAGUUACGGAGGCCCUAAUGUACGGAGCGUAUAUGCUCGGCCAAUCGCUGGUGUAUGCUCCAAGCUUCAACUCGGCUAAAGCAAGUGGAGCUCGAGUAUUGGCCGUCAUCAACAGGGCGCCGAAGAUCGUAACAGCAAAUGGACUUAAGGACAAAAAAGAGUGGGUAUCCACCGGACGAUUCAGUUUCAAGGAUGUCGAGUUCAGGUACCCGACGCGGCCGCACAUCCCCGUGCUGCGCGGGCUGGAGCUGCAGGUGGAGGCCGGCAAGACGGUGGCGCUGGUGGGCGCCUCCGGCUGCGGCAAGUCCACCGUGCUGCAGAUGCUGCAGCGCUUUUACGAUCCUGACUCUGGCAAUAUUGAAAUAGAUGGGCGAGAUAUCCGGAACCAGUUGACCAUACCGCGCCUUCGGAAGCAACUGGGUGUCGUGCAGCAGGAGCCGGUGCUCUUCGACCGCACGCUUGGCGAGAACAUCGCCUACGGGGACAACAGCAGGAAGGUCACGACGAUGGAAAUCGUAGCCGCUGCUAAAGCUGCCAAUAUUCAUAGCUUCAUCGUUUCACUCCCCAAGGGCUACGACACGAAUCUGGGGUCGAGCGGCGCCCAGCUGUCGGGAGGGCAGAAGCAACGCGUGUGCAUCGCUCGCGCGCUCAUCCGUACCCCACGCCUGCUGCUGCUGGACGAGGCCACAUCCGCUCUCGACGCCAAUAGCGAACGGGCUGUGUCAGAAGCACUCGAAAAGGCGGCCAAAGGACGAACAUGUAUCACCAUUGCUCAUCGGCUCUCGACUAUCAAAGACGCAAAUCUCAUCUGCGUUGUUGACAAAGGUAAAAUCGUGGAAAAGGGAACGCACGAGGAACUGGUGGCACUAAAGGGCCACUACUACCGCAUGUGCAAGGGACAGCACGUCCCCCUCGACUGACGAGGCCUCACUUCGACGACAUAGCGAUAUCCCGAACAAGAUAUGCUUGACGAUGAACCUUAGGGUCACCCCCAAACCAAUCAACGCGGAAUCGGCUUUCACCGACCUAAAAUCGCUCAUUAUAUGAACAUGCUCAUGCGUACAGCGACGGCGACGCGUAGGCGUCUUCAAUGUCUUCAUAGUACUUCAUACUAAUGAGCGUAUUUUGGUCACCUAAGAGCCGACUCUACGUCGAUAGAAUUGGGGAAACCCUUAUUUUCGUAGGGAGUUUCACUAGGCAAACAGUAAACUGUGUCGCUUAACUUCUAACUUGAGUAAAUCCAUUCUGCUAUGAGGUUGAUUAUCUUUCAGAUCAUAUUACAUUUUUUAUAUAUUCAACCUUAAAGCAAAAUGGAUUUACCCAAGUUUAAUUGAAGUUAACCCACACAUUACUAAUCUCCUCGAUGUAUCACGACGUAUCAUUCAGAACAAUGAAAACUUUGGAAUUUAGUCUAGAAUACGUUUGCAUUACCCUUAUCAUCUCAAGUGAUAUACUUAAUAAUAAAUGUCUAAUCAAACUA